UAUUCCCUUAUAUCAUCAAUUUGUAAUUUUCAAUUUUCUUGAAAAUUGAUGAUUUUUGGUAUUACAGAAGAGCCGAUAUGGUGAGUAGUGGACAUGCCUGCAGACAGAUGGCUCCUUGGGCAUAUUUAAAAAAUCUGGCAACAUUGAGGUAUAACUCUCACACAAAAUCCAACCUCAAAUUAUCAAUUUUCGUCAGUUUAAUAAUGUAAAUGAUGUUGAAACAAGCUUUAAAAAAUAUAUUUGGCCAUGAGGAUUUCAAGAGCGAAAUCCAGGCACAAGCUACUGCAACAAUCAACAACGGAAAACAAGACGUUUACGUUUGUAUGCCGACGGGUGGUGGAAAAUCAUUGUGUUUCCAAUUACCAGCAGCUCUCAAAACAAAUUCAAUCACUCUAGUAAUUUCUCCACUUUUAGCCCUUGUGAAAAAUCAGGUGGAUUUCCUCAACUCCAAGGGGAUUAAAGCAUGUGCCCUGAAUUCGGCGACUCGUUCAAAGGAUAAGAAAGCAAUUCUGGAGGCUUUAUUUUUAAAAAAAUUAUCAAUAAAAUUGCUCUAUGUCACUCCUGAGAUGUGCACGCAACAGCAUUUUAAAGAUUUGCUGGCAAGAAUGCACAAGGCGAAGAAAAUUUCACACAUCGUGGUCGACGAGGCUCAUUGUUUAAGUGAAUGGGGCCAUGACUUCAGGCCGAGCUAUCGACAGUUGGGGAAUCUGAGGGAAAUACUUCCAGGUGUACCUAUUGCAACAUUUACAGCAACUGCAACAAAAGAGGUCGUUGACGACAUUUUGAAGACCCUGAAAAUGAAUGCAAUAAAAUUAUCCACACCUGUGUUCCGAGAGAAUCUCUUCUACGAUGUGUUCUUCCUCGAUAUCCUGCCAAAUCCUGCGGAGCACCUCAAAAAAUUCAUAAUUCAGUGCUUGGGUAGCCCAGAUGAGAAGAACUGCGGAAUCAUCUACUGCAGGAAGAAAGAAACUACGGAGGAGUUGGCAAAGACACUCACCGAAGCUGGAAUACCCACCCUGGCCUAUCACGCUGGUCUCACCACCAAGAGCCGAGCGGAAGCUCAAGACAAGUGGACAUUGGGCGAAGUGCCAGUAAUUGCAGCAACCUGCAGCUUUGGAAUGGGGGUGGACAAGGGAUCAGUUAGAUUGGUGGUCCAUUGGACGGUGCCUUCGAGUAUAGCUGCGUAUUACCAGGAGUCUGGUAGAGCUGGUAGAGAUGGCAGAGCUGCAUCGUGCAGAAUUUAUUUCAGUAGGGACGAAUACAAAGCUAUUGAUUAUCUCACUAGAACCACUGAGCCAGGAUCGACGCUGGAUAUUGCUAAAGAGAAGCACAAGAGUUUUGAAAAAAUGGUGGCGUAUUGUCUCGAGCCUAAGUGUCGGCAUACUGUAUUCUCAAAAUACUUUGCCGAUAGGCCACCCCAAUGUAAAAAACGUUGUGACGUCUGUAUUGAUCAGCUGUUGAUAAAAAAUCGAAUCGCUGAUUUUAAGAGGAGUCAAUCACUUAAGCCACAGCCGAAUAUCUCUCCUCUGGAAGGAAUUGUCCUGCCUAAGUACGAUAACCAGGAGGUGGAGGAGGGCAAGACACUAUCAAGAGAGCAGCUGAGGGCAAUGGAGAAGAAGGAGUCUAAGGAUCUGAUCGUUCAGCAAUUCGCCCUGAGGAGGGGAAAGUUAUGCACUGAGGAACUAAUUAGAAAACAAAAUCUUUACGAUGCGAAAAAAGCUAAGGUGCUUGCCGCUGAAAGCACUGACAGGAAAGUCAAGGGCCUGACGGUCCAGAGCAGGGAGAACUGCCUUGGACAACUCACUGAGGCUCUCUUGCAUAAUUCCAAAUUGUUUAUGGAAUCCUCGUCAGGUACUCUUCCAGAGGCUCGCGUCGAGCUGAUCGCACGGAAUGUCGAAUACAUUACCCUCUCGAAGACUAAGGUUGCGAAUAAGUACAAGCUUGACAUGUCACAGAUCGUUGCUGCUGUGAAGAAGGCCACCAGGAAUCAGCUGGUGUGCGAUCAUUUUCACGAGUUCCAGGAUUCUGAGGGACAGGGGGAUGAUGAAGAAGGAAAUAAGGAGAAAUGUCGUACUAAUAAUUUUAAAACUGGUGGAGAAAAUUUCAAAUGUGAAUUCCAGACAGUGUCGACUUCUCGUGAUUCACAAAUUAGUCAGAAGAGGGAGAUUUCUCAUUCCGGGAAGAGCGAGUCUGACCUAAGGCUCGAUGACAUCUCCACUUUUGAGAAAAACGUUCUUUGUGAAUUUAGAAAGGCCUCGGAGUUGACUGGGACAAGUGGAGCAGGGACGAGUCACAAAAUAAUUAAGUCUGGAUGCAGAAAAACCUCUCCAAUCGCCACAGUCGCCAUUAAUGAUGAUAGUAGUUGCAAGGGCUCUGAAAAUAAGGGGACAGGAAAUGCAGAAUUUACGGUAACGACAGAGCUGAUUAAUAAUUUUAUCAAAAUAAAAGGUGAGACACUGAAAAAAAAACAGGAUACUAUUCGGAAAUAUUUAGUGAAGAUUGAGAAAGCGCAUCAAUCGAAUCCACUCGAGUCCUCUGAUCCCCCAAAAAAAUCGCACCCAGUAGAUGACAAUAAAAAUAAUAAACGAGCAUUUGACAGCACAGUCGACGUAUCCAGCGACAAUAUAUCGCGCAAGAUGUUUAAGCCUAAUUCUAGAAUAUCGGGUAGCGAUGGGAUGGCGAUGAAAAAAAAAUUUGAGAAAACUGGAAAUUUGAGUACUGCUGAAAUCUUGACAAAUUAUCUUAUGAAGUACUUUCCCUCCAAACACAUCCCCGAUAGAAAGAGCUUCAUCAGAGUUCAUGCAACUAUUCAUCACUUAAUCACGCAGAAGAAUAUUAUUGUUAAAGGAGAAAUACAGACAUUUGCUUGCAAUUACCUGAAAAGUCUGUAAAGUCGAUUUAUGAAUUAUUUUAUUUUUGUACCGCUUUCUAAUGUAUUUAUUUAUCUCGGAGAACGAAUGGAGGUGCGUUGUAAGUGUAUUUUUGCUUUAUGGAGAAAAAAAUUAAACACAAUAAAAAAUUGUGAGAACAAGAAAACUCAAUGAGGAAAUGAAAAUAUUUUCCUACUGAUGAAUGCGAAAAAGCAUGAGAUAUAUCUUGUAAUUCUGUCCAAGCUAAAUUUCGAAAUGCUAUGUUUACAUUCCCAAUAGCAAAGGCAAAUAGCGAACGGAAAUGUCCAUUGCAACUGUCACACGUAAAAAUACAUUAUUGCUGACACGAAUUGUCGAACAAGUAGAAAGAAAGGGGAGAUCGGGGUAGACAGUUGUCUGAGAGGACGACCGUGAUCGUGUAAAUUUCGACCUCCGUUGAAAUUAGAAACAAACUGUGGACGGGCUGUCGAGGCCACACGCGGAAAUAAUUGGGGAAUUAUUGGCAAGACUUUUGUUUCGUGUAUUAGAGACCAGUUACUCAGAAAUUGGAAAGGGACUUGCCACGAUAAGAUACAACAACUGUGGGAUACGUUGAUAUACCACCGAGUACCUCACCGGUCUCUAGAGAUGUUGAGAUCUAAACUUAGAUCACUCCCAAAUCUCCUCACGUUCGGUACACAUCGAGCUUAUUUCUCAGUGGUCCUCCUCGUUAAAUCUCCAAGUCUCCCAUUGCCUCUCGUUCCUGACACUAAUCCGACAAAUCACCUUGGUCGAUCCAUCCCAAGUUCACACCUUUUUCCUCACUUUAUUUCUUUUUCUUUUCGGCCAAACAUUUUUUGCACAAUUGCCACUGUGAAUUAUUGUGAAUAGCUGAACGAAAUGGC